CCCCUCGAGAAUGCCUACGAAGAAUCUCGGAGGCAAAAUAUCUUGCAGAAUAAGAUAAUUGCAGCCAGGCUCGGCAUACUGUGGAAUGGGACAAAAUCACCGCACCCCAAGUCGUUGCCGAGAUUUUUCACCCGUGUGAUGUGCCGCCAAAAGGACGAUUCCGUGGGGCAGCUGCUGAAGAAGCAGCUAGCCACUGCUCAUGUUCCUAACAAAGACAGUGAGCGCGCCAGUGAUGCAGACAUUGGUAGAAAGGAGGCGGGAUUUGGUCCUAUUGUUCUAGCAAGCAAUCAUUUGAGGGGCCGCCUAGGAUCAGCACAUCUGGAUCCUCCUGAGCUCAACAUUAAGGAGAAGCAAGUGACUGCUCAUGUCCCUGCCAAGCAGCAUUGUAGCACAGAUGUCCAGAGUUCCAGUGAUGAAGUGCUAGCUGAGAAAUCAGCAACGACGCUGUGGUUGAAACUGGAAUCGAUCUGCAUGUCCAAAGAUCUAACCCAGGGUUCGUCAUCUAAGGCAGAAACACUACAGGUCCGAGGAAGGACCGAGAACAGAAACAACAACUACAACAACUACAACAGAGAUAAGAACAUGACCGACUGA